GUUAUGGCAAGGCUGAAGAAGACAACCACCCUUUCGUUGUCACUUCCGAACUUUUUAUAUGUUGGUAAAUAAUUAAACAAGACGAUGAGCCUGAAAACCGAAAAAGACAAAACCAAGCAAUUGCAGGAUAAAUGCCAAUCAGUUUUGAAUUCAUUGUUAAGAGAUGAAGACAACAAAUAUUGUGUAGAUUGCGAUUCAAAAGGUCCAAGAUGGGCUUCAUGGAAUAUCGGAGUGUUCUUGUGCAUCCGCUGUGCUGGCAUACACAGAAACUUAGGGGUGCACAUUUCCAAAGUAAAAUCAGUUAACUUAGAUUCUUGGACGCCCGAACAAGUCGUAUCUCUACAACAAAUGGGAAACUCCAGAGCAAGAGCCGUGUACGAGGCAAAUCUACCCGACAACUUCAGACGUCCGCAGAGCGAUUCGAGCUUGGAAUCGUUCAUUAGGGCGAAGUACGAGCACAAGAAAUACAUCGCUCGCGAAUGGGUGCCUCUCCCGAUGCCCAAAGUCAAUUGGGAGAAGGAAAUCGACGAGGAAAUGGAGAAGCAGAGGCGUAAAAAGAAGACCAUCGUGGAGAAGAAGUCGCUCGGAGCUGUGGAGGUACCGCAACUACCGAAACCCACUAACCCUAGCCCUAAACCCUCUAGAGCUGUGAAUAGUUCAGAAAUUAACAAGCAGGAGAAGAAAGACAAUGAUCUAUUAGGUCUUCAAAACGGUGAAGAUAGCUUCAGUAAUUUUGUAUCUGCUCCCGUUACUGCCAAUCAGGUAAAAGAGAAGGAAGUCUCCGAUCCGGCCAAAAACGAAGAGGAGAGUUUCUUUAAUCAAGUAUUACCGCCAGAAAAGGAAAAAGUUAAAUUAGACAAAGAUAGUAUCAUGGCGCUCUACGGCAACGGGCCUUCUAACAACUUCAACCAAUUUCCUUCGCAGGGUGGUCAAUUUGGAUCGCAAGGGCAAGGAAACUUCGCCGGAUUUCCCCCACCGACCCAACCCCAGCAGAACGUCUUAAAUCUUACCAAUCCACAGAACGGGUUCAAUCAAAUGGGAAUGCCAAAUUUAAGUUCGCAGCCGUCGACUCAAUCUCAACCACAACAACAACAACCACAACAGCCACCACAACCGUGGAUGCCUUCAGGAGGAGCCAAUUUUACUCCACAACAACCGCAGUCUUUUCCAGUGAACCCUCCCACGUUGAACCAAUACAUGAGCAACCCGAUGUCGAUGAUGACUCCUCCGACGUACGCGCCCGUUGCCAGUCCGUUUAACGCCUCGAACAACAUGUCGGGUUUCACUCCGAAUCCGUUUUUCCCGAAUCAAAACGCGGGAGCGGGCCUGCCGCAGCAGUUCGGCAACCUGAGCAUCAACAACCCGGCGCCGCAAACGGGCAACAUGUGGCAGUAGAGAGGUGGCGCAAUGCUGAUUCGUGCGGGUGCAACCCGAGAUAAGUAAAUGCCGAGAGAGAUCGUUUGAAGGUAAACUCGAACACUUUGGUAUGAAACUAUAGUAUUUGAAUAGUAAUAACCGGUAUAUUAUGAGUUUUUAUUUUUGUAUACAACGAAUGCGUCCGUUAUUUAUUGUCUGAUGUUCUUGUUUACCUUCAAACAAUGUACAUGUCUAACAGGGUAAAAGAUUUUAAAAUCUUUUUGCCGUGGUCGCCUCAUUGUGGUAAAUCUGACUGUGUUGUUUUCUUAAAUAAAUAAGUAAUUUUUUUUUUCAUUAGAGUAUUUUUAUUUUUUUUGCCAGGCUGGAUUCAUUUGGCAUUUCGAUGACACAACAUAGUGUUUUUAUUAUGUAACGUAUAUUAUUCUUAAGUAAUUAUUAGGAGAAUUUUCACACAGAAACGUCCACUCUUUAUUUUUUUUAAUUGAUAUUAGAACUUGAUCUUUUGAGUCCUCUAUGUAUUUAUUGUUUAUUUAUUGGUUUAUUUAGAUAAAUGUAGUGGAGAUUUAUAAAUAGGUUCCUAUUUUUCUUUUACGCAAGGAUCUUUGUCGUGUAUUGGCACAGCAUUUAGCAGCGUUUGGUUUACUUAAUUUUCAGCUCGACUUCGUGCCUUGAACAUUCAAACUUCGGUUACGUUCAAUAAGAAAAUUAUACUAGAUUAAUUAUUAUUAAAACGUUUGAAAACUAGUUUGCGCACAAAGCUUGUUCUAGCAAAAAUCUACCUUUGAAAACUUAACUGUAUUUGCGCAAAAUCGUGUUAAAAUGAAUUUGCCCAAGUAUAAAAAGAUUUCAGCAUUUUGUUGUAACUACUUGCUUUGUAUGUUAGAAAUGAACGUAAUUUUUAGGGCUUUUCCUUAACGUAAAGUGAUUAACAAUGAAGUGAAAUUACUUUUAUUAACUUAAUUUGUGUGUUCAAUAUACUUACUGAAUCUCCACAAUAAGAGGUGGGUGUGGGGUAUUUAAUGCAAAUAAGGAGGCCAUUGUUAGAUGAUGAUAAAAUGAUGGAUUUAUGCAAUUUAAGAUCGUUUUGGUACCUUUAUUUAGUAUUUUUGAGUUUUGGGAAACGUUGCAAUAGAAGUUUACACGGUGCAAAACGAAUGAUUCCCUUCAAUUUGUUUGCGAUUUAAGAUUAUUCCUACUUUAUUCUAUUUUAUAUAAAAAUGCUUAUAUAUGUUGUAUAAAUUUUCUUUCAAUACAUAUGAAUUUAUCUUAAAAUAUAUUGUACAAGAAGAAAAUAUGUAAUUAUUGGAAAUAAUACCCAAAAUGGAUAUUAAAAU